AAAUAAACGAAAUGCAAACAUAAAUAAAAUAAAAAAUUAAAUACAGAAUUAAAAUAAAUUAAAUGCAUAAUAAUUUAAUUACAAAAUUGAAUUAAUUGAAAAAAAACUGAACAUCUUUUCAGUUGAAAUAUUUAGUGAGUUUUGAAUUUUUGUUUUCGUCAAUUUAAAGUUUCUUUUAUUCGAAAAAUAAUUAUUAACUAAAAGUGGGAAUUUGGUUGCAAUUUUUUUUUCUUUUUUCUUGGUGUGAAAGUGAAGAAAAUUAGUUUCGCUACAAUUUAUUAGUCUUUGUUCUUGGAUCUUUUCUUGAAAACCGACAAGAUGAUAAAAGGCAAAGAAAAGUUUAAACUGGACUAUACUGAGUUUAAAACAGAAGUUGCCAAGCAAAGACGCUCAGCAGCCACGAGAGAAUUAACCAAGAUUGCUUACUCGGCACCUCAUAGUGUAAUUUCCUUAGCUGAGGGAAUGCCAAAUGAGGAAACUUUUCCAUUUACGGAAAUCACUGUCAAAUUGAAGGAUGGAGUGAAAUUUACUCUCGAAGGUGAAGAAUUGGGUGCAGCACUUCAAUAUAUUCCAAGUCAAGGUUAUCCACCAUUAUUACAGAUAUUAAGAGAUUUCCAGAGAAAAGCACAUGCACCACCCCUGUGGGAAAGUCGGGACAUCGUGAUAGUCGCCGGGGGUCAAGAUGGACUGAGUAAAUCGCUUGAAGCCAUAAUUGGUUAUGGGGAUCCAAUUUUGGUCCAAGAUCCAUUUUAUCCUGGCGCUGAAGUUGUGAUUGCACCACACGACGUGGAAUUGAUUGCAAUUCGUCAGGACGAUCAGGGAAUUGAUCCUGAUUUUCUUCGAGAAACAUUACGAGAGAGAGAAGCGUCGGGGAAAAAAAUGCCAAAAAUGAUGUAUAUUAAUGCGACUGGUGCAAAUCCUACAGGAUCAGUUCUGCCAUUGGAGAGGCGAAAGGAAAUAUACAGGAUAGCCUGCGAUUACAAUUUCCUGAUACUUGAUGACGAUCCUUAUCAUUUUAUGUAUUUCACCGAUGAGGCGCCAAAAUCAUUUUUGUCAUUAGACACAGAGGGAAGGGUCAUUAGAGUGGAUUCAUUCUCAAAAAUUUUAAGCAGUGGGCUCAGAAUUGGAGUGAUAACAGCAGCAGCACCAUUAGUCGCUAGUGUCGAACUUCAUAUGCAAAGUAGUCAUCUUCACGCGCCUACUUUAUCGCAGGUGCUGCUAUAUCAAUUGCUCAAGAUAUGGGGAUAUGAGAAAAUGAUGGAGCAUUUUAGUAAUAUAAGAUCAAUUUAUAAAGAGCGUCGGGAAAUGAUGGUGUCACUGGCAGAAAAACAUUUAGCUGGUUUAGCAGAAUUUGAUCGUCCGAGUGCUGGAUUUUUCUUGUGGAUUAAAGUGCACGGUGUUACUGACACAUGGAAAAUGGUGAUGCAACGAGGAGUGACACACGGUGUACUUUUAGCUCCAGGAGCAGCAUUUAUGGCCGAUCCUUCCAAACCCUGCAACGCCAUCAGGGCGAGUUUCGCCAAAGCUACAUACAACGAAAUGAAUUUAGCUCUGGAAAGAUUGGCAACUCUAAUAAAAAAUGAAUUAUCGGAAAAUCAGUUGAUAUUAAAUGGUAAUACGUGAAAAAAAUAAACAAUGAGAAAUAUUCAGCAGUUGAGAAAUGAGUACCAACGAAAGGAUAAAGAGUUCUACUUUCGAGGGUAAAUUCUCCGAGGGUGAAAAAUCACCACAGCAGUCGAUAAACGCUUCGGGGUUGUCAUAAUUAUCGACAGUGGGACACACACCGUAAGCGGACGAGUAUUAUUUUCUACUUGUUUCUACAUCGGUAAAUUGCUCAAUAGUAUUCUACACAAAUAUUUUUUUUUCUACAAUUUUCAACAAAUCUUGUUCAUCGUAAAUUAUAACAAACACUCAAUAAUUAAUUUUUGUAAAAAAAAAUUGUAAUUUUCAUUACCUAAAGAAUUGAAAAACAUUUUUUUCCAUGA